GUUCGCACCGCUGCCGCUCGUUUUCCCCCGUUCCAUUGCGAGCUCAACUUCCGCUGGCCAGCCCACUGCCUGGUCCCAGUCCAGUCCAGCCCAGCCCCGAAGCAGCCACCGUACCCGCCGCUGUUUGAGUAAGGCAAACGUAGCUCUUCGUAUACUGUAGGCAGCGCUGGCAACACCUCAGCCUCUUUCCCGUCGCCGCUCGUCAAAACUUCCUCAAAUCACCAACACCAUCAGCUCUGACUGUGGCUACGCCGCGUGCGCGCAGCCCUGCCUCGUCAACCACCGCCAUCAUAGUCGCCGCCGCCACCAGCACCAGCACGCACUCUCACCACGACACCGGCACGUCCGCACAACGACAAUCAACUGCCGUUCCGUUCAGGGCCGCCAGUGCAGCAAUUCAGCACAGCGUCCGCGACGCCGCCACAGUCUCCGCCCGCACCAACCCCCCCGGCAUCGACGACAGCGCCCGGCGACGCAUCCUCCCGCCCUGCGCCCAGCUCUCUAUUCGCCUGUCGGCCUCACCCAGGCACUUCCCCGGCUAGCCCAAUCUCGGGUUCGUCAACCUAUCCUCGAUAGGGGCUGCGCGCUGCCCACCCACCGCACCGCACCGCACCGUCUCGUCUGUCCACUAGGUCUGGGCAGACAGCAGCGGACGCAGCGCGACCACCGCCCUGGUUGGGUUUGCCUAGGUUGUUCCGACUCUUGCUACCGCUCGCUGUCCACUUCUGCGUCGAUCAGCAGCCUUUUCGUCGACGUCCCCAAUCAAUCGCCCACCUUCAUCUCUCGUCCUUUUCCUCCAUUCCGCACCCUCUCACUCUCUGUGAUCCCCUCACUCGCCCCGGCGCCGUCUCCUCCCAGCCGCAUCAAGUUCACCUCUCCGUCGCGCCUUUCAUCUCCAGGAUGGUGCCAGUCGCCUGCUCCCUUCCAAGAUAAAUGACAUGGAUGCGCAGAAUGCUGCCGAGUCCGACCAGACGAGGACUGCCGGCGCUUCAUCCCCUCGACAACGGCGAGGCUCCGAGUCUGACAAGAAGGCCAGGUCGCCCGCCGCCGUAAGGGCCCCGUCUCCGAUCCGGGAAGCCAAGCCCAGGGCCUCAAAGACCCCGGCUGCCGCUACCUCUGCCGCCAGUGCCGGGGCCGGUGCCGACGGUGCCUCGUCGACGGCGCGACCUGACGACUCUCUCGAGGAUCGCGACUCCGAUGCAGAGACCAUUGUACUGCCCGGCAAAGAUGGCCACUCGCCAUCCAAGAUCCGCAAGGUUCGCCAGGAAGACAAGAGUGAGAGCGAUGGCGAUGCAUCCAAGGGCAAGUCCAAACCGUCCAAGCAAAAGUCGGAUGAAAAGGCCAAGGACAAGGAACCCAGCAACGGCAGCAGCAACGAUGCCGACAAGCACGCGGCCGGCACUGCUGCCGCUGGUGCGCCCGGCAACCAACCCGCCGCCGACGUGAACAAGAAGAAGCCUCGACCGUCUGCCUCAGGUUCCGCCGUUGCCCCGGAAAAGGACCGCCGUCCUCGCAACAAGGAAGGCGGCUCCAGUGGUUUGAGCUCUGCACCCGCGUCACCGCCUCAAACUCAUCAACAUCAGCAACGCAGACGCCGCUCCGACGCCGCGCUUUCAUCCCCCUCCGACUCUGAACAGCAGCCUCAUUCAAAGGCAUCAUCAAAGACAUCACUACGUGACAAGCUCAAGUCUGGCGAACGCCUAGUAUCGCAUAAACGCAAGGCCCCCAAGGUCGAGUCCGACGACGAGGCGGACGCCCGCAAAGCCAGACGACAGCGGACCACGAGCGUCGGACUCGACAGCAGCAGGCCUACCAAGACGCCAUCCAAGCCUCACAACGACACUCGCACCCGAUCGAUUUCGCCCCACCCUCGACAGCACCGACGAAGCACCUCCACUCAGCUGCCUUCUCAGUCCUCCGGCGGCCUUCACACCAAGAAGAAGCGUCUGCCUCCGCCGUUACAUGCAACCGACUACCACUCGGACGACUCCUCCGCUGGCGGCACCCCACAACCGCGAAGCUCCAAGCUGCGGAGCCUCGCGGCACCGUCCACGGCAGAGUCGAACAUAUCCCCAGCCAGGAUGGGGCCUCACAAGAAGCAUCUUGACGCCCACGGGCAGACUCUCCUGGCUCGAGCCUGUGCGAGAGGCGAGUAUGAGAGCGCCAAGACGCGGCUGACUGAGCGGCCCGAGGAUUUGAACGUGGCCGAUUACGCGGGCAACACGCCACUGCAAAUCGCCGCAAUUAAUGGCUGCGAAGAUAUUGUGAAGCUUCUGAUCGAGGCCGGCUGCAACCUAGACUGCGUCAACUACGACAAGGACACACCGCUAUUGGACGCCGUCGACAAUGGCCACCUUGGCGUCGUCAGACUUUUGCUCGAUGCUGGCGUCAACCCGCGCAAAGCAAACGUCAACGGCGAGGAGCCAAUCGACAGGGUCACGGACGAAACAGAGAACGCCGACGAAAUCCGCAAGGCGCUGCUCGAGGCACGGAAGCGGACAGGAGGAAAGCGGAGUCGGACGUCAGAAGAUCGACAUUCGCACGAAAACCACGAGUUUGCCCCGGAGAGUCCUCGACAUUCUCCAGCCGCUGUAGGGUCUUUGUCAGGUCGUAGGAGCGGGACCGUCAGGUCCACCAAAACGAGAAACGACCUACUCUACAUGCCGCUUGACGACAAGACCUUGCGACAAGCUGCCGGUCGGGGCGAUGAGGAGACUGUGGCUCGUAUCCUGCAGGUCAAGGAAGGUUACGACGAUCCCGAAGCCAUGGUUGCCGCCGCCCGAGGCGGCCACGAUCUGGUGAUUCAGCUUCUGUUGGGCCUCGGAGGCGCCAACCCUGAUCCUGGCCCAGUGGCGUCGUUGCAGCCCGAGCUAGCAACUCCAAUUCUAGCCGCGAUAGGCCAGGAGAAUAUCAAGGUGGUUGAGUUGCUACUUGAGCAGCAGCGCUUUGAUCCGACCCGCCGAUUUAAAGGAGAGACGUACUACGAGAUUGCCAAACGACGCGCGGGCCCGCACUGGCGCGACGAAGAACACAUGCUCAAAAACGCCUAUGACGAGUAUAAGCGGUCGCACAGGGACGGCGUCAAGGCUAAAUCACCCACUGCACGGCGCGACCGCGAGAGGGAAUUGCGCAGAGACGAAGCGAAAGACGCCGCCAGGGCCUUGAAGCGCAAUCAGCCCAGUCCAAGCCACGAAGGGGAGCCUAAAAAGAAGGCUGCCGCAGCAAAGCUUGCUAGCCCUCACGAGAAAAGACGCUCCAACUCAUUCACAAAUCGUCACGACGACGACGCACAAAAACGAGCUGCGAACAGACCGAGAAAAGACGCCUCAACAAUAUCUGACCGUGAAGUAUCUCCGGCUCUUUCUCACAAACCCCAGAAGACCAAGCGCGCAGAGUCAGACAUGACGGGCAUGUCAUCCGAAGGUGAGGCAGCUAAGCCGAGACGAAAGCUGAUCUCGAAGGGCGAGUUGAGCCGAGAGCGCGACAAGCAAAAGCGUCUCAAGGAGCCCACUAGUCCGCACGAGUCGAGGACGGACGAUGGCCAGGAGCGAUCCAAACUGUCGGAGAGGUAUCACGACAGGACGAAGGCUCUGAAGCGUGACGAAUCGAGGGACCACUCAUCUGGCGAUGCCACGUCUAAGAGACAUCGCGCCAGUAUAACUCCCGACAGGCCCAGCGAUGUCGACAAGGACAAUAGCGAUGGCCCGGCUAAGCGGCGGCGUCUGGAUGGCGAAAAUCACGAGAAGCGCACCAAGCGAGCCUCUUCUCCCGACGGGCGCCCCCGCAAACCCAGCUCCUCCCGCGAUGCUUCCAGCAAGCCACCCAAGAGGGAGCGUGAUGACACUUCCGCCCAGAACAAAGAUCGACGGGACUCUCAGCACCAUAAUCCUUCGCGAAGCAGCGGCGUUGAGACGUCCAUCUACGUUAAGAGCGAGGAUGUCGACGUGCCCAUGUUGGACAUCGAGCAGCCCCAGGAUGCCGAGAUGGCUGAUGCUUCGCGCGAUGCUGCCGAGCAGCUGAGGAAGAAGAAGGAGCAGGAGGAGCAGGCUGCAGCCGACGCGGCCAAGAAGGAGGAGGAGCAGCGAAAACGAGCCGAGGCCGAAGAGAGGGAGAAACGAGAGGCCGAGGAAGCCCGAAAACGCGAGGAGGAGGAGAAGGCUCGCAAGGUCGAGGAGGAGAAGAGGCAGCGCGAGGAAGAGCAAGCGCGGAAGCGCCAAGAACAAGCGGAGCGCGAGCGCCGCGAGGCUGAAGAGGCAGCCCGGCGUGAAGCGGAAGAGAAGAAACGCUUGGAAGAGGAGAAGAGGAAGAGGGAAGAAGAGGAGCGACGGCAGCGGGAAGAGGCCGAGCGACUGCAAAGGGAGAGACUCGAACGGGAGGCUGCCGAGCGGGCUCGAAAGGAGCGCGAAGAGGAAGAGCGCAAAGAACGCGAGCGUCGCGAGCGCGCGUACCGUGAGGAAUUGGAGCGGAAGCGGGCGGCCCGGGAGGCGGAGCAAAGACGGAUUCGCGAGGAACAAGAGCGUGCCCGUCUUGACAAGCUUCCUCCCCUUUUGCGCUGGCUCGACAAAUGCCCAAACCCCAAGGCCCCGGCCAUUACACAGAAGUUUACGAAGAUUCUGGGUUGGCGCUACGACACCAUCCGCCCGGAGUUCAACAAAACUGCCGAGGGUCGUGAGCAGUGGGUUCUCAAUACGGAAGUAGCCCUUCUUCUUGGCGAGACAGAUCUUGAUCUUUCAAGAUACACUGCCUGGGAGAGAGUUCCCGCCACCAAGGUCGCCAAGAUCUCAGUUUGGAGGACUGAGGGAGGCCGCUACGCCCUGACAGCUGGUCAGCUGUGGGAAAUCGGACGCCAGGCCCACGAUUGCUGCGGCGGCAAGGACCCGACCAACUUUGACCCGCUAGGACUGGCGCAGCACAGAAAGGACACGUUGGAGAAAUUCCUCGCCAUGGACAUGUUCUUCGUGAAGGUACGGUUGCCACCUGGGUCGGGCGAUACGUAUCUCCAAAAGAUGACGCAAGAUGCUGACCUGAACCUCAAGGUGUCCGAUCUUCUCUACACGGUGCCGAAUAUCCCGCAUCUCCUCAACGUCAAGAUCUCGGUGGAGUACCGAGAGUUGUGUGAAAACGAGGAGGAAUUAAAGAAAUGUGUCAAGGACAACUAUAAGUGGCGCAGUGACCCCGGCGCAGAGCGGUAUGGCAAUCACGCACCGCGCCGCAGGCACUACAUCAACGGGGCCUUUGUUGGCGAGGAUAUGCCGACAACGCAUCAGAUCAGCAACAAGCCUUUCCCCGAGAUCCGAGUUCCUCGACGCGGCCUGGUGCAGGUGACGCGCGACGAUCCAGACUACGAGCGCCUUUGCAAGGAGCAAGGGUUAGAGCACUUGUUGAAAGGGCGCCAGACGCCAUCACUGCCGAACGGCGUUCAUUCGUCUCCAGCCAGCCAGACGAGCACGGUUUCGACCCAGCAGCAGCAACCCCUACUAAAUGGCACGAACGGCCACUCCAAUCACGACUCGGCUAAUGGGCUCAAGAUCAUGAACGGGGAUACGACUGUAAACGGCGUCAAGGAGUCUUAAGCUGACUGGCCGACCGGGAGGCGAUAUCUGUAACGGCGAGGAUUCAAAGAGAAAGAGAGGGCGGUGUUGUGUAUGACGUUUCCUUUGUCUCGCGAAGUCUUCUCGCCAGCGGGGAGCAUACGGGGCCUUUGCGUGAUGCUAGGGUCCGCAAAGUGAAUGUGCAAUAGUGAGAUGGGAUAAGGUACAUAUGGAGGUGCUUGGGCUAUGCUUUUCCAAGGCCAGGAGCGCACAUGACUCCUCGCAGCUUUGGUUGGGUUGGAUGUUUGCUUUGCACAAGACGCAACGUUGCGAACGAUGGCACGGAAUACAGGUUACUGGCCGGCGGAGCGGGGCAGGCAGGCAGGCAAGGCAGCAUGAGCCGGGGCGUUUUUCUGACGAUGUCUUGAGUCUUGUCGAGAUACCUCGUGUGGGUGUAGCCGGAUGUAAAGAGACAACGAUGCACCACCGCGCAUGGAAC